GUUACCACUAAAACGGCCAGAUCUUAUAUGUAGGUUAUUAAUAGAUCUAUGCAUGUGCGCCAUAGCCCCCAUACGUACGCCGUAGUUCGCAAUACGGUUAAGGGGCUAGCUGCAUACUUGCCACUGCGCCUAAAUAUAAAGCAGACACAAAUCCCUCAUUAUCAAGUCUGUAUACCCUUUUCCCCACCUACAAUGAAUCCUUUAUCCAUUAUAAGUUUCACCUCCGUGUUGGCCUUGGUAGCCAACGCAUACACGUACGAUGAAGAAGCUACUGCUGCUCAAAUGGCCACCGGCUAUGCCAACCUCAUCAUCAACUCAACAUUAUCGGGCUACAUUGGGCCGAAAUACGACCCACAACCAUACUUACUAAGCCAAGAAGAAUUGUACCUCUUAGAAAGCACCGCCACUUCCGUAUACUACAAAAUCAACGGCAAGCAGCAACGGUGGUUAAUGUUACCGGAAGGCCUGGUCUUGCGUUAUAACCCGAAAUUCGUCGAGUGGGAAGCCCCUCCAAAAUUUUAUGGAUUUGAUUCGUCCAGCGACGAGAAAUCUGAAGUGAAGGAAGCAUACCCGGUGCAUUCGGAAAGAGAAAAGCUCUUGUUGGCUUAUUUGGAAGAGAGUCAAUUAAGCCAAGAGGAGGUGGUGAGCCUGUUUAACAAACCGGAAGACAGACAACGCCAUGAAGAUGAUUUGAAAUGGUACAGAUUAAGAAUGGAAGAAAUGGGUGGUCAACCAGAGACGCCAUUAUGGUACAGUUUUGAUGAUUUCGGGUAUCUUGACUCAAUGAAGCCGUCUUCGUACCUGUAUAGGAGGAGUGCCUGGAUGGAGGUUAAGGACUUUUUGAGAUACCAGGGUUGGGUGGUGAUCUUGUUUGUUGCAUGUAUGGGUGUUGUUUUCUGUGGUACUUAUUAUCACGUAUCUAGAAAGAUUCACCAGAAUUUUGGAUCUGUCAAAAUCUAAGGUAUUUUUAUGCCAGAUGGCAGAACGUGUUGGGGUAGCCUUACAUACUUUUUCAAUGGAUCCUCUUUUAUGACUUUAUGUUUCUCUUUUGUUUCGCGUAUAAUAUAUCAAAGUACGUGAUAACUAAUCAGGUGGCAUAUUCUUAGAUCACUGGGAGAUGUGGGGGAAGCACAUUGACAGAUUUGGAAGCCAAAUUAUCCAGCCACAAUGUCUCCCCUCCAGCGAAAGAUAAUUCAGAUGUAAUAGUUAGACUCGGACUGGAGUGGCAUCCAUCCCACGCACACCCCGCUAUGACCUGCUUAUACAAACAGACGUA